AAGAAGCACAAAAAGGCGAAGCACGACAAGGGAAAGGCUCGUGCGACGGACGACGCUUUCCGGAUCGUGCGCGCGUCGCUGAACGUGUCUGUUCCACCCGUGUUUGCGGGGGAUCUCCGGGGAGGCGUGGAGGAGCUCCUGGACUCGAUGCUCAUGAGGUAUAUCCCCGCAUUGCAGGGUGUAGUCCUGGCGCAUGAUCGGCUAGAAUUCCUGGACAAGGUCGCCAGCAUCAAGGCAGACUCUCCCUUCGCGAAUUGCCGCAUCGCCUUCGACGCAACAGUAUGGAGCCCACAAGUGGGCAUGAAGCUUUCCGGCAAAAUCAACCUAUGCUCCCCGGACCACAUUUCCUUGCUCGUGCACCGGACAUUCAACGCCUCGAUACCCCGACAUCAUAUCACCACCGACAGCUACGGAUUUGAGUAUGGCCCCGCAGAGAAUGAUCCAGAGUUCGGUGCGAGGCAGGAGGGAAAGGCCGAGGGGGAAGCUGCGGAGGAAGGUGUGGACGGCGGCGGGCGAUGGGUCCACAAGAUAACCGGUACCAAGCUCGGAGACGCAGACGGCUCUCUUGAGUUCACUGUCGUUGGGUUGACCGUCGCGAACCAGAUGCUCUCAUUAGUCGGAUCAAUACAGCCCGACCCCUUCUCCCCUGAACACGUCCCUAAAGCGCCGAUAACCACUGUCUCAACGGUCGCCGCUCGGAACCUCGCCACCUCACGUCCGUCAUCUGCGCUUCAGAGCGAGCGAGAGGUGGAUGCGAUGAUUGGCGACGACGAUGACAGCGACAUGGACCCGUUCGGGAAGCUGGGCAAGCUGGCAGACGACGCUGAGCGGCAAGCGAGGGCAGCACAGGAAGCUGAGACGCGGAAGGAGAAGAAGCGGAAAAGGAGGGAA